AUGCCGGACAUACAGCUACCCAGCUUCCGCUCCAGCCAACGGCAUCGCAAGCCUUUGGUUGAAUAUUGCACGAAUGAAUGGCGCAAGGCUCCGAUGUACGAUCCGUCGCCCGUCCCAGGUUUUGCUGGCGAUAAGUACUUAGAACGCCUCGAGGUCUUUGUCGACAGAGCGAUUGCCGUCAUCAGGGCUCCCAAGUUUCGAAGAAUGAUUGUGGCGCUGCUGGUCAUGACGAUAGCUUCGGUUUUUUUAUGGAAAAAGAUCCUUGUACCGUUCCUAAAGGAAGAGAAAGCAGCAUGGUCAGCACUCAACGCGGCUGCACAUCCCGCCGCCGGGGGUGUGUUUGGGGCCAAUGCCCGACCUCAGUUCACCGAUAUGGUCCAUUUGCAAGAUCUCGAUCCCAGUCUCGUACCCGGAUCGCUCAAUGAGAAAGGAGAGCUCUCCAAGAAGAAGAGACUGGUGUUCAUCGGAGACAUCCACGGUUGCCGGGAAGAGUUGGAGGAACUAUUACAAAAAAUCAAGUUUAAUCCGACGACAGACCACCUGAUUGCCACAGGGGACAUUGUCAACAAAGGUCCGGACACGCCUGGUGUCAUUGAUCUCUUGCGAAGAUACAACGCUUCUUGCGUCCGGGGAAACCACGAAGAUCGUCUUCUUUUGGUGGCUGAUGAGGUGCAGUCCACUUCGUUGACGUCAAAGGGAAAGUCUCCAAAGGAUCCUGAUCAGCCGCAGGGGACGAGUUCAAAGGCCCAUGAUGCGGAACUAAAGUUGGCACAAACGCUGACUGCCGACCAACUUGCCUGGCUCAAGUCUUGUCCUGUCAUCCUUCGCGUCGGACGGCUAAAGGCAUUUCCUGGUGACGCUGUGGUCGUACACGCCGGGCUCGUACCGGGUCUGCCUUUGGAAAACCAAGACCCAGCGUCGGUAAUGAACAUGCGCAUCGUCGACCUCUCUACCCAUGUGCCGUCCAAGAAGCACGAGCGCGAGGGAAGCGUGCCAUGGUAUAAGUUGUGGAAUAAAUACCAACAGUUAUUGCCUACACAGCAACGACUUGCUCGACUCAAGAAUGGCAGCAAGCCACAGUCGGAUGAAACGCAAAUGACUGUCAUCUACGGCCACGACGCCAAAAUGGGCUUGCGGAUGCGAAAGUACUCCAAGGGACUGGACACGGGCUGUGCCGCAGGAGGCAAACUCACUGCAUUAGUGGUGGACGACUCGGGGAGGCAAAGAGUCGUCCAGGUCAAUUGCAAGGAUCAUCGCAAACGGCCACCGAUGCAUGUCGACGUGGACGAUGUUCUUAAAAACGGCAUGACCGGACCGCCGCUAGGUCAAGAUGCGAAAUAG